CCCAUCAGUCCCUGGCCGCGCCAGUCGGAGCCGACAGUUCCGCCGAGGCACUCCGACCUGGCCAUGGCGUCGCCGCUGCCCUUGCUGUGUCUGUGCGUCGCCGCCGCCGCGCGGCUCGCGGGAGCCGGAGACGCCACCUCCACCAAGGAGCGCACCGCAGCCGCCAAGAGUCUUCAGGGUCGGCCUCCAGACCCCGGGCAGCCCUCGCCGGACCUGGAGGACUGGGAGGAGGCCAGCGAGUGGACGUCGUGGUUCAACGUGGACCACCCGGGGGGAGACGGCGACUUCGAGAGCCUGGCCGCCAUCCGCUUCUACUACGGCCCCGCGCGCGUGUGCCCGAGGCCGCUGGCGCUGGAGGCGCGCACCACCGACUGGGCGCUCCCGGCCGCCACGGGCGAGAGAGUGCACGCCAACCCCGAGCGCGGCUUCUGGUGCCUCAACCGCGAGCAGCUCCGCGGCCGCCGCUGCUCCAACUACCACGUGCGCUUCCGCUGCCCGCUGGAGGCAGCGUGGAGCGCGUGGGGCGCGUGGAGCCUCUGCUCCAAGAGUUGCGGGCCGGGCCGUCGCCUGCGCCGACGCAGCUGUCAAGGCUCCUCCGGGGACACGUGUCCCGGGAGUUCCCAGGAGGCACAAAAGUGCGUGAGGUCCCGGUGCCCAGGGUGCAGCUCUGACAUCUGCCGAUGCCCUGACCACAUCCUCUUGGGAACGGUGGUCACCCCAUCUGGCCGACCCCUGCCAGGCGCCAGGGUCUCCCUGCCAGCCCGACCUGGCACGGCAGCCACCAGUGGCAGCCACGGAACCUUCCGGGUGCCCGGAGUCUGCGCUGGCAGCCGCGCCAACGUCAGCGCCCAGAUGAAUGGGUUCUCGGCUGGUACAGCCCAGGCCAGCGCCAACAGCUCCAACUCAGCCGUGGUCACCAUCGUCCUUGAAGAGUUAGGGAAACCGUACCUGGUAAAGCACCCUGAGUCCCGAGUCCGAGAGGCAGGUCAGAACGUGACCUUCUGCUGCAAGGCCUCAGGGACACCCACGCCCAAGAAGUAUUCCUGGUUCCACAACGGCACCCUGCUGGAGCGGCGCCUGCACGGCUCCGGGCCGCACUUGGAGCUCCGGGGGCUGGGCGAGCAGCAGGCAGGGGAGUACCACUGCAAGGCCUGGAACGAGGCGGGCGCCGUGCGCUCCCGUGCCGCCCGGCUCACGGUGCUAGCUCCCGGCCGGCCGGCCUGCGACUCCCACCCCCGGGAACACCUCAUCAAGCUUCCAGACGACUGCGGCCAGCCCGGUGGCGGCCCCGCGUUCUUGGACGUGGGCGAGUGCGCGGACACGCGUUGCCCCGGCCCCGGGGGCUCCGGGCCCCGCUGCGGGGACGCGGGCUCUCGCUGCUGCUCCGUGCUGCGGUUGGAGGAGAGGGAGGUCCGCUGCUCCGGCUACGUGCUCCCCGUGAAGGUGGUGGCCGAGUGCGGCUGUCGCAAGUGCCUGCCGCGCCGGGGGCUGGUGCGCGGCCGCGUGGUGGCCGCCGACUCCGGGGAGCCCCUGCGCUUCGCCCGCAUCCUGCUGGGCCGCGCGCCCAUCGGCUUCACGUCCUUCCAGGGCGACUUCACCAUCGAGGUGCCUCCGGCCACCGAGCGCCUCGUGGUCACCUUCGUGGACCCGAGCGGCGAGUUCGUGGACAGCGUCCGCGUGCUGCCCUUCGACCCGCGCGGCGCCGGCGUGUACCACGAGGUCCGCGCGCUGCGCAAGGCGGCCCCGGUGCUGCUGGACGCGGAGCGCGGCGGCGCCAUCCCGCUGGGCGGCGCGGAGGCGGCGGCGGUGCCCGCGCUGGGCGAGCUGGUGCUGCCGCCCGGGACCUUCCAGCACGCCGACGGCCGCCCCUACGCGGGGCCGGUGGAGGCGCGCAUCACCGUGGUGGACCCCCGCGACCUGGCGUCGGCGGCCGCGGCCUCCAGCGACCUGCGCUUUCUAGAUGGCGCGGGCGAGCUGGCGCCGCUGCGCACCUACGGCAUGUUCGCCGUGGACCUGCGCGCGCCCGGCUCCCCGGAGCAGCUGCACGCGGCGCGCGCGGCCGUGCGCGUGGACGCUGGGCACGUGCGCAUGGCGGGCCACGCCGAGGCGCUGGCGCUCUGGUCGCUGCACCCCGAGACGGGCCUGUGGGAGGAGGAGAGCGCGGGCCCGGGCGGCGGCUUCCGGCGCGAGGCAGCGGCGCGCGUGCGCAGGGAGGAGCGCACCUUCCUGGUGGGCGCGCUGGCCGUGCGCGAGCGCCGCCUCUUCAACCUGGACGUGCCCGAGCGGCGCCGCUGCUUCGUCAAGGUGCGCGCCUACGGCACCGACCGCUUCGCGCCCGCCGAGCAGGUGCAGGGCGUGGUGGUGACGCUGCUCAACCUGGAGCCCGCGCCCGGCUUCUCGGCCAACCCGCGCGCCUGGGGCCGCUUCGACAGCGCCGUCACCGGGCCCAACGGCGCGUGCGUGCCCGCCUUCUGCGACGCCGAGCGGCCCGACGCCUACACGGCGCUGGUGACCGCGGCGCUGGGCGGCGAGGAGCUGGAGGCGGCGCCGUCGCGGCCGGGCGCCGUCGCGGCCGCCGUGGGCGUGGCGCAGCCCUACCUGGAGCGCCUGGCCUACCGGCGCACCGACCACGACGACCCCGCGCUCAAGCGCACCGGCUUCCGCCUGAAUCUGGCGCGGCCGCGCGAGGGCCGGGAGGACGAGGCGCGCGGGCCCGUGUACCCGUGGCGCCGCCUGCGCGACUGCGAGGACGCGCCGGUCACCGACAGCCACUUCCGGUUCUCGCGCGUGGAGGCCGACAAGUACGAGUACGACGUGGUGCCGUUCCGCGAGGGCGCGCCCGCCUCGUGGACCGGCGACCUGCUGGCCUGGUGGCCCAACCCGCAGGAGUUCCGCGCGUGCUUCCUGAAGGUGCGGCUGCAGGGCCCGCGGGAGUACAUGGUGCGCUCGCACAACGCGGGCGGCACCCACGAGGCCACGCGCGGCCGCCUCUACGGGCUACGCGACAUCCGCAGCGUGCGCGACCCCGAACGCCCCGGCGCCUCGGCCGCCUGCGUGGAGUUCAAGUGCGGCGGCAUGCUGUUCGACCAGCGCCAGGCGGACAGGACGCUGGUGACCGUGACCCCGCAGGGCAGCUGCCGCCGCGUGGCCGUCAACGCGCUUCUGCACGACUACCUGGCCCGCCACCCGCCGCUCGCUCCUGCCGACGACCCCGCCGCCUUCGCCAUGCUGGCUCCCCUCGACGCGCUGGGCCACAACUACGGCGUCUACACGGUCACCGACCAGAGCCCGCGGCUGGCCAAGGAGAUCGCCAUCGGCCGCUGCUUCGACGGCUCCUCCGACGGCUUCUCCCGGGAGAUGAAGGCGGACGCGGGCGUGGCCGUCACCUUCCAGUGCCGGGAGCCGCCCGCCAGACCCAGCCUCUUCCAGAGGCUGCUGGAGAACCCGGCCUCAGCGCUGGGCGACAUCCGCAGGGAGAUGGGGCAGGCCGCCCGCAGUUCCGGGGCUGCCCAGACCCGGGCCCGAGAUGCCGGCCUCUUCGCCGAGCGUCCAGGACAGUGACCUGCCCCGCGACCUCACUCCCCUGCCUUGCUUGGGACUCCGUGGGUUUGGAAAGCCUUGCCCCGUCCGCCCCAGGCUUCCGGGUCCCCUUUCCCCUCUCCAGAAUUCGGUCCAGAGAAAAACUACGGGUAGU